AUGGCCCCUAUCAAACACCAUGAUACCCUCGUGUUACACAAACAUCGAUCACCUCAUCCAUUCUUUACUCCAACCUAUCUCUCAUUUAUAGAUCCCCAUACAGGCGAGCGAAAGGGCAGUUGGUCAUCUAGAAGAGCGAGGAAAGGUAGAUAUUCACCUAAAUCACAUACUAUACAUUAUGCUGGACCCGGUUUUUCGUCCAAAGAUGAGGGAGAGGGAUUAGGGGAAAUACGGAAGAUCGAAAGUCUGACGACUGGGAGAAUAAAAAGGGAAGAAAGUAAAUUCAAGCCUCAUUUAAAGGCGGAUGUAUCGUUCUGGUUAGCUGUGAGCUUUACGCUAGGGUCGAUGGUAUGGGUUGUGAAUGGUUACCUCGUAUGGUUCCCCAUCAUCAGACCAUCCCUAGAUACCGAACCAUUCUCAAAGACAGCCGCAGCAACAGCUUUCCUUGGUGGCUCGAUUUUUGAAAUCGGAGCGUAUCUCGGCGUAGUAGAAGUAUUAGAUAGAGGCAGAGAAAUAAAUUUCGGUACUGCCCUUGGCAAAUUAUUGAAUCAUCGGAGAUCCGUACCGAGACAAACGGGUUUGAAAUUGGAUGAAAUCAAGUCAAGAUCGCAUUCAGCAAGUACACCUCCGUCUACAAGUGAUUCUGGCGAUGAUGGAGACGGGGACGAAAGUUGGUUGAGUGAUAAGAAGGGGUUUAUAUGGUGGGGGAAACCUAUGUGGCAUGAUAUGGGUUAUUUAGCUGCAAUAGUACAGUUGUUCGCUGCUACGAUAUUUUGGGUAUCGACAUUGACCGGCCUACCUGGAGUAAUACCUGGUUUCGCAGAUGGAGGUGGAUCACAAUCUAUCAUUGAUAUCUUCUUCUGGACUCCGCAGGUCAUAGGUGGUACAGGUUUUAUAGUAUCUUCACUAAUAUUGAUGGUAGAAGUACAAAAGAAAUGGUGGUUACCCAAUCUUCUCGAGAUAGGUUGGUGGGUCGGUCUGUGGAACCUCAUCGGUGCGAUUGGAUUCAUGCUAUGCGGAGCUUUAGGGUACGCCUCCUCAAGUUCUAAAGCAGAAUACCAAUCUGGUCUAGCGACAUUUUGGGGCAGUUGGGCAUUCCUUUUGGGUAGUUUUUGUCAGGUAUGGGAGGUGAUCUGGAGGGAACCGAGUGACAAGGAUACAUAG